AUGGCCCUUGAAAUUUGGGAAUCCUUCAGUGAAUCAUUCACAGCGUACACUGGGCUAUCUCCGGCCACCGCCUUCACGGCGGUCGCCGUGGGACUCUCCAUCUACUACCUGGCCCUGCUCUACUUCGGCUCUAUGUCCUCCGACGACAGCCAGGGCCACGGCGGCCACGGCGGGUUCGACGAUACGGCGGAGCCGCUGGCUCCCCCGGUUCAGGUGGGUGAAAUUACUGAUGUGGAGCUGAAGCAGUACGACGGGUCGGAUCCUAAGAAGCCCUUGCUCAUGGCCAUCAAGGGCCAGAUUUAUGAUGUCACACAGAGCAGGAUGUUUUACGGGCCCGGUGGGCCUUACGCUUUGUUUGCUGGAAAGGACGCGAGUCGGGCCCUAGCAAAAAUGUCGUUCGAAGAGAAAGACUUAAACGGCGAUCUUACGGGCCUCGGUGUAUUUGAACUGGAGGCUCUUCAGGAUUGGGAAUUCAAAUUCAUGACCAAAUAUGUUAAGGUUGGGACUGUGAAACAAACCACCGUUUGGGCAAGCGAAGGUCAUAAAAACGAGUCGGGUGAAAGUAAUAACACUGAAGUGAGCUCGUCCGAGGAUGCUGCAAAGGGACGUGAGGAGAUUGAGGAUGAUAAUGAGGAGAAAAAGGAGUGA